AUGUCUACGAAGAGAGUUUCAUCAGUUACUGUUAAUUCUAUUUUGAGGUUGUGCAAACAAUGUUCUUCACACAACAUUUCAGACUGUAUCAAAAGCCUUAAUACAUUGAGGGCUAUGAGCACUGCUGUUGAAAGGACUGAUUUUCAGUUUUCUGGUGGUAAUCAAAAUAAUAAUUCUUUAGGUUACCAGCAGAGUAAUGUUGGGUUUUAUCAGGAAAGCUGGAAGAUGGCUGAUUCUAAUGAGCCUUUGAAUAAGCAAAGACUUGAUACCCAAGCAAGUGCAAGUCAGCCUUAUUGGAAUAAUCAUGCAAGUUCAGACCAGAAUUCUUAUGGAACUCGUCAGAUUGCAGAUGGAGGCCAUUUAAAUGUGCCCCAAAACGUUAAGAAUAAUUUGGUGGGACAUAAUGGAAGUGCCAAUAGAUACUUUGGUCAACACAACAUGAAAGUGGAACAAAAAGUUGGGUUAGGCAUUGAUAAUGCGUGCGUCUCUGGAAUUUAUACAAAUCCAUUUGUUGAGAAUCAUGGUUGGACGCAAGAUCCUGGACAAAUGAUGCAGCCUCCCAAUGCAUAUAGUUCACCUAGGCCUUUAGAAUCACAGGGAAAGCCAUCAAAUGUUCAAUACAAAGGGGGUAAUGAAAUGCGUCAGCAGUACCCAGGUUCUGGCCAGUUUCAGCAGAGUCUAAACGAUGGUCAUUAUUCUCCCAACUUUAAUAUUGCACAGAGAUCAAUGGUUGGCUCUCAUCUAUCGAGUAAUGCAAAUCCUGAUGGCAAAUCAGCUGAAGUAUCUAAUGAUUGUCCAUAUAGAGGUACACUUGAGGAACUUGAUAGUUUCUGCAUUGAAGGUAAAGUGAAGGAAGCAGUUGAAGUUCUGGAAUUGCUGGAAAAACUACUUAUUCCUGUGGAUUUGCCUCGAUAUUUGCAAUUAAUGCACCAAUGUGGGGAGACUAAAUCUCUUGAAGAGGCAAAAAUUGUACACAGACAUGCUUUACAACGUCUGUCACCUCUUCAAGUCAGCACUUAUAAUAGAAUAUUGGAGAUGUAUUUAAAAUGUGGUUCUGUAGAUGAUGCUCUCAACAUUUUCAACAAUAUGCCAGAGCGCAAUUUGACAACCUGGGAUACUAUGAUAACACAGCUUGCUAAGAAUGGGUUUGCAGAAGAUUCAAUUGAUCUCUUUACUCAAUUUAAAAGCUUGGGACUUAAACCUGAUGGGCAGAUGUUCAUUGGAGUUCUAUCUGCAUGUAGUGUGCUGGGAGAUAUCGAUGAGGGAAUGCUGCACUUUGAAUCCAUGAGCAGGGAUUAUGGCAUUAUACCAUCAAUGGCUCAUUUUGUCAGUGUAGUAGACAUGAUUGGAAGCAUUGGGCAUCUGGAUGAAGCCUUUGAGUUCAUUGAAAAAAUGCCAAUGGAGCCAAGUCCUGAUAUAUGGGAGACUUUGAUGAAUCUGUGUAGAGUUCAUGGGAACAUUGGGCUGGGGGAUCGCUGUGCCGAGCUAGUUGAGCAGCUAGAUUCAUCUCGUUUAAGUGAUCAGUCAAAGGCUGGCCUUGUACCUGCAAAAGCCUCCGACUUGACAAAAGAGAAAGUAAAGAAGUUAGCAAGCAAAAAUCUGCUUGAAGUAAGGAGUCGUGUCCAUGAAUAUCGAGCAGGAGAUACAUCUCAUCCUGAAAAUGAUAAGAUAUAUGCCUUGCUUAGAGGUCUAAAGUCACAAAUGAAAGAAGCUGGCUAUAUUCCUGAAACAAAAUUUGUGUUGCAUGACAUAGACCAGGAAGGCAAAGAAGAAGCUCUUCUUGCUCACAGUGAGAGACUUGCUGUUGCUUAUGGUCUCCUCAGUAGCUCUGCUCGCUCUCCAAUCAGGGUUAUUAAGAACCUCCGUGUUUGUGGUGAUUGCCACACAGCAUUGAAGAUUAUUUCUAAGCUUGUAGGGAGAGAACUCAUUAUUCGAGAUGCAAAAAGGUUCCACCAUUUUAAAGAUGGGCUAUGCUCCUGCCGGGAUUAUUGGUGA